CUAACGUCAGGGGCCGGAAGUGAGCGUUGCUGGGGCGCGGAUGAGGAGGGGCGGCCUGUGGGAGAGCGCGUCACACAAGAGCACCUGGAUUCAACUCCUUCAUUUCCAACAUGGAAGGAACUUACGUCGAUUCCCUGGACCCUGAAAAGCUACUGCAAUGCCCCUAUGAUAAAAACCACCAGAUCAGGGCCUGCAGGUUUCCUUAUCAUCUUAUCAAGUGCAGAAAGAAUCAUCCUGAUGUUGCAAACAAAUUGGCUACUUGUCCCUUCAAUGCUCGCCACCAGGUUCCUCGGGCAGAAAUCAGUCAUCAUAUCUCAAACUGUGAUGAUAAAAGUUGUAUUGAGCAGGAUGUUGUCAACCAAACUAGGAACCUUGGACGAGAGACUCAGGCUGAAUGCACAUGGCAGUGCCCUCCUUGUGAUGAAGACUGGGAUAAAGAUUUGUGGGAACAGACCAGCACCCCAUUUGUCUGGGGCACACCCAACUACUGUGGCAACAACAGCCCUGCAAGCAACGUAGUUAUGGAACACAAGAGUAACCUGGCUUCGGGCAUGCGUAUUCCCAAGUCUCUGCCAUAUGUUCUGCCAUGGAAAAACGAUGGAAAUGCACAGUAACUGAAUAUCUAUCUCAUCAAAUGCCAGACCCUAGAAGAUUCUUGCUUUGUCCUGCUACCAAUGGGUUCUUCAUUUUCAUCCUAAUCUAAUUGUAGAAAGAUAAACUGCC